AGAAAGAAUUAGUUAAUCUCUCAGCUCAGCAAAGCUUGGAUCCAUCCUUCCAUGGCGUUCCAGGACCACCACACUCCUCUCUCUCAGGAAAUGCAGCCUCUCCACCAUCCCCACUACUCCGACCACCACCCUUCCGCCGUCUUCCACUCCAUCCUCCCCGACCACCACUCCUCCCCCGACGACAAGCCUCCUCCCCUCACCGCCACCACUUGGCUCAACCACCAUCACCACCACUGGCUUCCUUCCCAAACUCACCCCAGCCCCCCCACCCCCACCGAUACCAACCACGACACCGCCGGAGACACCACCACCACCACCACCACCGCCAACAACAACAACAACAAUUGGGAGAGGGAAAAGUGCAAGGCGGACAUCCUCAACCACCCUCUGUACGAACAGCUUCUGUCGGCGCACGUCGCCUGCCUCCGCAUCGCCACUCCGGUCGACCAGCUGCCGCGAAUCGACGCUCAGCUCGCACAGUCGCAGCAGGUCGUCGCCAAGUACGCCGUCUUCGGCAACGCUCAACAGCCUCCUCUCGACGACAAAGACCUCGACCAUUUCAUGACACAUUAUGUCCUAUUGCUCUCGUCCUUCAAAGAACAACUACAACAACACGUUCGAGUUCACGCUAUGGAAGCUGUAAUGGCGUGUUGGGAGCUCGAGCAAUCACUCCAAAGCCUCACGGGCGUAGCGCCAGGUGAAGGCACUGGAGCAACCAUGUCCGACGACGACGAGGACCAGGCAGAUAGCGAAGUGAACUUGUUCGACGAAAGUCUAGACGGGCCGGACAGCAUGGGCUUUGGGCCCUUAGUACCAAGCGAAACCGAGAGAUCCUUGAUGGAACGCGUGAGGCAAGAAUUGAAGCACGAACUUAAACAGGGGUAUAAAGACAAGAUCGUCGACAUCCGAGAAGAAAUUUUACGGAAACGACGAGCGGGGAAACUCCCGGGCGACACUACUUCCGUCUUGAAAGCUUGGUGGCAGUCCCACUCCAAGUGGCCUUACCCGACGGAGGAAGACAAAGCGCGGCUGGUGCAAGAAACGGGGUUGCAGCUGAAGCAAAUCAACAAUUGGUUCAUCAACCAACGGAAGAGAAACUGGCACAGCAAUCCGUCGUCGUCGUCGCAGAAGAGCAAGCGGAAGAGUAGUGCAGGUGAUAAAAACAGCAAUGAGCGAUUCGUGUGAAGAAAAAUCGAUUGACUCGGGAUCACCCUAGUCGUCGUCAUUGUCGAAAUACACCGGAAAUCGAAGCUCGACGUAAGUGAUGUAGCCGCCGCCGCCGCUGGUGGCGGUGGUGGUUUUAAGGUAUUGUGAGUUCUGUAGUGAAUAGGAAUGAAAAUGCCGACGCGACGGAGCCGUCGUCGGGUAGGAAAGUGGGUGUAGAGUGUUGGUAGCAUAUAUGGAGCUAUUAUUGUGUACAUGGAAGAAUAAAUCGAGAGAAGAACUCAAAGAUAACGGUAAAAUUUUGUUGUUCUUUUUA